AUGGCGUCGAGACCUGUAACUCCGUCGUCGCCUAUACAAAAUGCGCUGCCGAGUCAUGAAGAUCGUUCGAUAUACUCCGCACGGCCUACCACCGCCAAAUCUGCUUCUCGGCCGGUAUCCUACGCGGGCACCCAAGUUACCCACCAUACCGAUGCUCCCUCACAUUAUGAAGCAUCUCAUACCCAUCAUACCGAUGCUGCCUCACAUUAUGAAGCACCUCAGACUCUGCCCGAAGAGCCAUCCGCCUUAUCGCACACGGACGAGCUAAAUGAUGGGGUUCAUGAUACUAGCGAACAAGCUCCAGAGCUUCCUCGGAACGAUUCGCACAUCUCAGGGACCCAAACCCUUACCCCCUCUCGAGGUGGUACAUUGAAAAAGAAGGCUUCCUUGCACAAGAGCGGAAGCCUGAAGAGGACCGCUAGCAAACGAAGCAGCUAUGCUGGCUCAGUGCGCAGCGUGCAGCUGGUCGAGAAGGAGAAGUAUGGCGAAACGGAAGAGACGAACAGCGUCUUCUAUUGCCCUGUACCGACGACUGGAAACCCCACUGAGCUGCUCGCGACUCGGUUCCAAGCCUGGCGAAGAGUUCUCAAAGAUAUCAUUGGUUACUUCCGCGAACUACACAAAACGUACGACCAAAAAUCAAAGUCACUGAUGUCUGCGUCCAGUGCCAUCAACAAUACCGCAAUGCUUCCAAACUUCCUAACAUCUGGGGGAAUAGGAGAUGCUGUCUACAUUUUGCGCGACUUUCACAAACAGGCUCUGAAUGAAGCCAACAAGGCGCGCGAUCUGGAAAAUGAAGUAAUCAUCCAACUCACGGGUCUCCGCAGUGAUUUGCAACAAAAGAUCAAGGAGAUCAAAAGCUUGUCUGGUGACUUCAAAAACUCGGUAGACAAGGAACAAGAAGCUUCCAAAAGAGCUGUGCGAUCCUUGCAGGAGUCUCUCGGCAUGGUCGACGCCGAUGCCGCAUCGACCAGUGGAAAGGGUGAUCCUUUCUUGGUCAAGCUCUCAGUCGACAAGCAAAUUGAGAAACAAAUCGAGGAAGAAAACUAUCUGCAUCGGGCAUACCUGAACCUCGAGGCCUCUGGUCGCGAACUCGAGUCCAUCGUCGUGGGCGAGAUUCAAAAAGCGUACAAUGUUCUGGCUGGCAUACUCCGUCGUGAAGCCGAUGAGAACUAUGACGUAUCAGACAAGCUGAAGGAGGGACCUCUACAAAUGUCCAAAGACCAUGAAUGGGACGAGUUCACAAGCAAGAAUAACCAGAUGGUGGAUCCGCGCAAACCUGUUCGCCAGUAUGCGAACAUUAUCUAUCCGGGCAAGGAACAUCCAGCAGCAAUCGAAGUCAGGAGUGGAAUGCUUGAGAGAAAGAGCAAGUAUCUCAAGAACUACACACCUGGAUGGUACAUCCUAAGUCCAACACAUCUGCACGAGUUCAAGUCAGCCGACCGCGUGUCGAGUCAAUCUCCAGUGAUGUCGCUAUAUUUGCCGGAGCAAAAGUUGGGCUCCUACUCUGAGCCUGGCUCGUCAUCGCAUAAAUUCAUGCUUAAGGGUCGUCAAACCGGAUCUAUGCACCGUGGGCAUGCUUGGGUAUUCAGAGCAGAAACUCAUGAUACUAUGCUUGCAUGGUAUAACGACAUCAAAGAGCUUACCUCAAGGCGAGGCGAGGAACGUAACGAAUAUGUUCGCCGGACUCACUCCCGAUCGUUUUCCGGCAACAGUCUCAAUAAACCGGCUAGCAUCAUCAGCUCAGAAGGCGGAAUGGAAGAAGAUGAGGCUGACCACAUUGCCUUCGCAGGAGAACAGUCCGUCCGCGGAAAUUCUGUUGCCGAAGGGGCUGGUGUAGCUGAAGCAGGAGGCUUAGAGGUUUUGGGUGCGGACGGGAUUGAGGACGACAGAUCGGAAGCUGGAUGGCGUCCUCCUCAACAGAGGCCAGCACCAGGUGGGCGAUUUCCGUCUGAUCUCAACAUCCAGCGAGGCUUAGAAGCCCCGCAAUCCCCUUCAAGCGCGGAUGAUUCUGACCGAGAUCGCGAUGUUAUAGCAGCUGCAGGUGGGCUACCAGGGAGCGGCGUACCCUUCGCGGAUACCGUGGAAAGACACACCGAGUUGCAGCCGGCCGCGUAUCAGCCUGCUACGACUCAGUCGGCAACCUAUCAGCCAGGCACGUAUGAGGAGACCACUUAUCAGCCUGCCCCCCAGGAGCCGUCGGGAGUCAACAGAAGUAUGAGCACCAACAGUCAAUAUCCCCCAGGUCAACAUCCGAACCUUUUCCAAGCCCUCCACGGAAACCAGGGUGCGCCAUCAGCCGGUGCGCCGUCAGCUGCUCCGCCGUCAGCCGUGGACGGAGGCAGCUCAUAUGGCGACUGGAUGGCACCUAUCGCCGCAGGUGCAGGAGGUGCCGCCGUUGGAGCCGGGGUCAUGCAUCAUCACGAGCAUCAGCCGCAACAGCAACAGCAAGAACCAGUAGCUGAAGAGCCCAUACAUCAACACGAGGCCGAAACCGCGAUUCCUGGUCCAGGCGAGUCUUCAGCCCCAAUUAUGGUGGACACUGCUGCCCCAGUGGACGCACCUAGUGCACCACGUGCGAUGAGGGAGUCGAUGAGCGAGUCCACGACCGCCCCCAGCUCGGCUCUGGCCAAUUCAGGAACGGAUGUAGCGACUUUGUCCACUGUCCCUACCAGUACAGGUUACGUGAAUGACAGCAUGUUCGAUUACAACGGAGUAUACAUCGGCCCAAGGACAGCAUCGACAGAACCUACGCACUACACCUUGAAGGCGGCAGACCGGUCUAAGAGUAGCACGACCAUCAGCCACUUGCACAUUCCUGGAGAGUUUCCUGCUACGACUCCAUUGAACGAGGAGGCGAGAUUGUAUGGGGAUGUGAUCGAACGAUGA